CUUUAUUCUGAAGGACACGGACCGGAAACGUUGUUGUUUUGGAGUCCGACGAGAAGCAGCCAUUACUUCCGAACUAAUUUCUCCUAGAAAAACUUAGUAUACUCACGUGUGAGGUCGAUAAGGUUGGUGCCGGUGUCCCACAAUGAUCAUCCCUGUCCGCUGCUUCACGUGUGGGAAGAUUGUGGGUAACAAAUGGGAAGCAUACCUCGGGCUACUUCAAGCAGAGUAUACUGAAGGUGAUGCUCUUGAUGCCCUGGGCCUGAAGAGAUACUGUUGCCGGAGGAUGCUCCUGUCUCACGUGGAUCUUAUAGAGAAAUUGUUGAAUUACGCUCCCCUGGAGAAGUGAUUGUAUCUGACCAUUUUCCAAGACCUGUGUGGACACUGUGAAACUUUGGCAUAGACAGAUUGAUGAAGAUCUGCUGUUGUGACAACAAUGGAAGACAACACCAGAGACUCUGGAAUAUUCUUUUGUGUACUUAUUGCAUAAUGCAUUGCUUGUCUGUUUUUUCUAAGUAAAGCUAUUAAAUGACA